AUGGCGUCCACAACUGACCUCGCCCAGGACGUCGGGAUUCGUGUAGGCAGCUUGACUCUUCAGCAUCCUGACACCCAACAAGUCGUCACCACUGUUGAGGUCUACAGCAACAUAGAGGUCUUCGUUGGAAGAGACGCUAAGAGGUGGCGAAGCCAAAUCCACGUGGCAAGCCCCUUCGUCUCGAGCAGACACGUCCGCAUCUACACGGUUGUGUACGAUGCUGGAGACCUCGAGAAUGUUCCGCCUCUGGUGUACGCAGAGGACCUGUCGACGAAUGGCACCUACUGGAACAGCCACGUCAUGAGAAAAGGAUAUGCCAGUUCACUCCUAUGUGACGGGGACACUUUGGAGAUAGCUGGCCAUAGUCAGAUUCAAUUCAAGUCUGCCUUCGCCUCAAAAGGGAGCCAGCUCACUCCCCUGCAGCAAGUGGAGAUGGAGAAGUUCGGAGAUCAAUAUGCCGUGACACCACGUCUCCUGGGCUCCGGUGCGUUUGGAAAGGUGUACAUGGCUCAUGAUGUCAAGACAGGUCGACAGUUCGCUUGCAAAGUUGUCGACCUAGAGGCCGUGGCAGCCCAAGCACGGGCGAAUUUGAAUGAGGAGGAACAGUCUAAGUUUUUCGCGAGAAAAUCUCGACUCUUCGCGAAGAUUAAACGCGCGACAAAAAAGACUGGCAAGUCAAAGUCGCCCGUAAUGCGACAGGUCGAGAUGCAGAGGCAAGAAGCCCUGCUACUUGCUGGCCUCUCCCAUGUAAGUCUCCCAUCUUACUAUGAGCCUAUGGCUGCGUGGAGCACUGUGCUAAAGGAUAUACAGCCAAAUAUCCUCCGUGUGGAGAGGGUAUUUCAAUCCAGCAAGACAAUGUGA